AUGGAGCAGAUUGCAUCUGGUGAAUGGGGCACCAUUGUGUCCAUCCCAGUGACUUUUAUCUGUGCCGGGAACCGGCGCAAGGAGCAGAACCUCACCAAGAAGACGGUCGGAUUCGAUUGGGGAGCCGGAGCCGUUGGGAACUCCGUGUGGACAGGAGUCCGCCUGUGCGACUUGUUGGCCGCGGUUGGCAUCACACGGCCUUCGAAAGAGCAUCGCUUCGUCCAUUUCGAAGGUCCUCUGGGUGAGUUGCCUCAGGGCAAAACCGGAUCAUAUGGCACGUCCAUUGAUUUGGGCUGGGCGCUGGACAGGGAGCGAGAUGUGCUGCUGGCUUUCAAACAGAACGGCGAGCUGCUUACUCCGGACCAUGGCUUUCCAUUGCGAACGCUGUUGCCGGGUUGCAUCGGUGGCCGGAUGAUCAAAUGGCUCUCCAGCAUGUGGGUCUCAGACAAGCCUUCCGAGAACCAUUACCAUUACUUCGACAACCGCGUGCUUCCUCCCCAUGUUGAUGCCGAUCUUGCUUACGCAGAGGGAUGGUGGUACAAGCCUGAGUAUAUCAUCAACCACAUGAACAUCAACUCGGCGAUGUUCGUCUCCGGAUACGGCUACACUGGUGGAGGUCACAAGAUCAUCCGAGCGGAGAUCUCCCUGGAUUCGGGCAAGUCUUGGGAGAUCACUGAGCUCCAAAGGCCAGAAGAUGAGAUCGCGGAAGCACGUGGAACUGACAAGCACUGGUGCUGGGCUUGGUGGGAAACGGAGGUUGACAUGAGUCGUCUCUUGGAUAGCAGCUGCGAAGAGAUUUGCUGCCGCGCUUGGGAUUCCAACCAGAAUUGUCAGCCU